AUGUCAAGCUCGUCCCCGCCAGUGGCCACCGACUCGAUACACAAGGCCACAUAUCACAAGCUAUCAGCCGCCACAGCGACCACCAGCCUUUUGACCCUGUCCUUCAGCAUGCCUUCUGCGCUGGCCAGAAUCCGUCACUCCUGGAUGCGAAUGAAGACGCCGCCCACAGCUACAACCAAAGAAACCCGCGUCUCGUCCGACUCGGCGUGCACCGUGCCCACCGCCGCCGCCGCCGCGACGCAGCAGCCCACACAACAGGCCGCGCAGCCGCAGCAGCCUCUCCGCGGCCGCGUCUUUGCCGUCACGGGCGGCGCCAGCGGCAUCGGCCUCGCGACGGCCCGGCUGCUCCUGCAGCGCGGCGCCACCGUGUGCGUCGCCGACGUCGACCCGCACGCGCUCAAAGCCGCCGCCGCGUACUUUGCGGACCGAGGGAAGCAGUGCGACGUGGAGCGCGUCGACGUGUCGCGGCGCGCGCAGGUCGACGCCUGGAUCGCCGGCAUCGUCGCCAGGCACGGGCGGCUCGACGGCGCGGCCAACGUGGCUGGCGUGAUUGGCAAGUGCCACGGCGUGGCGCCGGUGGCGGAGCUCGAGGACGAGGACUGGGACGCCAUCAUCGCGGUCAACCUCACGGGCACCAUGUACUGCAUGCGGGCGCAGCUGCGGAACAUUGAGCGCGGCGGAUCUAUUGUCAAUGUGUCCUCGAUUCACGGACUCAAGGGCUUCGCAAAACAUGCCGCCUACGACGCCAGCAAGCACGGCAUCGUCGGGCUGACCAGAGCCGCGGCGCUGGAGAAUGGCGACCGCGAGGUCCGCGUCAACAGCGUCGCGCCCGGCGCCAUCUACACGCCGCUCAUGCAGAAGAACUGGGACGGCCACCGGCGCCCGGCCGACGCGCCCUUUGACGAGCCGACGGCGUUUCAGCGCCAGGGCACGGCUGAGGAGACGGCGAGCGUCAUCUGCUUCCUCCUCGGGCCCGAGAGCACGUUUGUGAGCGGCAGCGUCUACCAGGUGGACGGUGCGUGGAUCUAG